GAUGAUGGUCGAUAAACUGGAGGGCACACAUUUUUGGUAAACUUGGCGGCACGGAAACCCGGGUAAGCUCUCAGGAAACUCAAAAUGGAGAGCUAUUCGAUAAAAACGCCAUCACCAGAAUGCUGCCAGUUGCUGUACGAUGGUGCAGUUUUUCGAUGCCAUGUCGUCCAACAGCAGCAGCACUAACCCUAAGAGGAACAGCAAGAGGAUAAACUCGGAAAUUCCAUUGUUGACCCAGCCGUCGUCGUCGUCGUCGAUGGACCCUGGUAAAGGCAGCGAAAUUCAGCAGCCAAACCAUUUGCAGCACUAGCGGCAAUUUUCUGUGUUCGAAGCAGAGAUUUCCAGUUACCGGAAACAGCCGUGCGUUAUGAAUGUGACGUGCACUCCUAAAAUGACGAUUUCGCUGAAUGAUUGAAGAACAAUUGUUCUAGUGUAGCUCGUGUGUUGAGAGCCUUAAUCAAACGGAAAACACCGAAAGAAGGACAGAAAAAAAACACACCCACCAAACGCCAUGUGAGGAGACAUCCCAUCGUGCCACGGAGAAAACAAUGUGUCAGACGUUGACACUUUACGUGAAGUGCUACUGAAAAUCACAGUGUGACGAAUAUUCGCGUGUUUGUGUUUUCUUCGUGCCAUUCCUGUCCUGUUUCGCUUGCUCCCCGAAGAAAGGGAGACAUGAUUCGCGAGCUUCGUUCGUGAAGAGGGAAUGCAAACUUGAUGGGAAUCUCGUGACACGUUCUGGCACUAUAUUGCGCCUAGUUCAAGACGCCCAACACCGCAAAGUGGAUUAGGGAAAAUGAAGCUAUAAAUUUUUUGAAGCGCGCAUUUGUUGGCGUUGUGGUAGUGAAAAAAAACACGUGCGCUGCUGGUAGAAAUAAAGGGUAUCCAUCAAAGACUGUGGCAGUGCGAAAAUGUGAAAAGAUGGUUCUGCUCCGUUCGUGAUUGAUCUGAUUCCAGUAAUCAACUUCAGGUAGUGAGUGGGUGUUUGGUAGCAAAUCAAGGAAACACGUGAUGACAUUUCACCGGCAACGUGGCGAAGGUCGUCGGGUAACAACGCGGAUCCAGGUGCACCAGGUCGUGAGGGCACCUUCCGGUGAAGUAUGUUCGAUAAUGGCCGGUGACAGAAACAGCAAUACUAGUGGCAGAAGAAGAGGCAGAAGAAAAGGAAAUUGUUCAGCUCGUUCCAUCGGCAAUGAUAAAGUAGGGAGGUUAAAUAAAACGAAGCAUACCUUGAGCUGGGGCAUUCACAAAAUGGUAAAACGAACAGCGACAGUGUUGUUGGCUGCGGUUGCCUUGGUGAUGUUGUUUCCUGCCCCGAGCGAGGCAAGCUAUGCCGACACGGAAGAUCUGAUCAACGAACUGGACAGGCCGAUUCCCAUCACAAUGGUGAGCGGCGUCCUCGGCAAGCAGGCGAGUCUGCCGUGCGACAUCCGGCCACUGGAGCGGGAUGACGCGGUUUACAUGGUGCUGUGGUUCAAGGAGGAGGACAACGAACCACUCUACAACUUCGAUAUCCGAGGCCGCCAGGUGGCACAGGCACGUCUUUUCUCGUCCGAGAAAUACUUUGGCAAGCGGGCGUUCUUCCGGGCCACAUCCCAUCCGGCCCAGCUGCUGGUCGACGAACUCAAGCUGUCCGACGAGGGCGUCUACCGGUGCAGGGUGGACUUUCGCAACUCGCCCACUCGGAAUGUUAAAAUUAACUUCACAGUCGUAGUUCCGCCGGAUAGGCCCGUUAUCUACGACUCGAGGCGCCGGGAGAGGACCAAUACGGUGGAACCGUACAGCGAAGGCAGCGACAUCCAGCUCGUUUGCGAGGUGAAAGGAGGACGUCCUCGACCGAACGUGACCUGGUAUCUGGACAACACGGUCAUAGACGAGUCGUACGAAACCAGACCCGAUGGGACAACGGUCAAUCAUUUGUCCUAUCCGAACAUUGGCCGGCAGCAUUUGGAUGCCAGAUUGAUGUGCGUCGCUAGUAACACCAAUCUGACACCUCCGAACAGCAAAGUCGUAGUGCUGGACGUAAAUCUGAAACCAGUCGCUGUGCACAUUCUGGUCAAAGAGAAGUUCGUUUCUGCCGCCAAACGGUACGACAUCGAGUGCAAGAGUUCCGGUUCCCGACCGGAAGCAGUCAUUUCCUGGUGGAAAGGGACGCACCAGAUCAAACGGCUCAGCAAAAAUUUUGCCGAGACCGGAAACCAGUCGCUGAGUGUGCUUUCGUUCACCCCGACUAUGGAGGACGACGGCAAGUACCUGACCUGCAGGGCCGAGAAUCAACUGAUCCCGGACAGUGCCAUCGAGGACAAAUGGAGACUUGUGGUGCAUUAUACGCCAAUCGUUACACUCAAAAUGGGAUCAUCGUUAAAUCCAGACGACAUCAAGGAGGGUGAUGAUAUAUACUUCGACUGCCACAUCCAGUCAAAUCCGAAGCCCUACAAGCUGGCCUGGUAUCACAAUGACAACGAACUGCACCACAACGUCACAGCCGGCAUCAUCCUGUCGGACCAUUCGCUGGCACUGCAGGGCGUCUCGCGGAAUCUGGCCGGGGAGUACACCUGUAUGGCCGCCAAUACCGAAGGUCGGGGUACUAGCAACCGUGAGACUCUGCGUGUCCGAUACGCACCCGUUUGUUCGACAGACCGCGAAGAGCUACUGGGAGCACUCAAGCACGAAUCGUUACAGCUCAAGUGCGAAGUGGAUGCAUCUCCCCCAGCCGAAUCCUUCCACUGGACAUUCAAUUCAUCCGGAGAGCAAACGGAACUUCCUGCACGACUUCAAUCGAGUGAGACCGGCUUAUCACGGCUUAAUUACACACCAACGUCCGAUUUGGACUACGGAACGAUUUCUUGCUGGGGUCGGAACGCGAUUGGAGUGCAAAAAACGCCCUGUGUUUUCCAAGUGGUGGCAGCAGGCCGGCCGUUCGCGCUUCAAAACUGCACAAUAUCGAACCAAUCAUCGGACUCGCUACACAUCGAAUGCAUCGAGGGCUUUGACGGGGGCCUGCCCCAAAUAUUUCUGCUCGAGCUGGUGGAAGUUCCGACGCUUAGAUUAGUUCGUAAUCUAAGCCUACAGCAUCCGCCGGUGCAAUUUUUCCUAGAUAAUCUCGAGCCGGGCACAUCGUACCGGAUCAUUCUGUUUGCGGCAAAUGCAAAAGGUCGCUCGGAACCGGUCAUAGUGGACGACAUCACCUUCAAGGGGGUGGCCAAGUAUACAGGUGUAUCCAACGUUAUGAAUGUUCCUUUAUCGCCAGUAUUAGCCGCAUUAACACUUACGGUGGCGAUCCUGUUUGCCGUAGUCUGCAUCGUUCUGGCCACCAUCUACCGACGACAUGCCAGCAAGAACACCUCCAAGAAGCUAAAGUCUGCCAAAAGCGCACAUCUCACCUCGACCCCGAUAGACUGCCAAAUUGACCCAUCAGCUCACCACCAUCACCAUCAUCAAACGCACGAUUCGAACGGCAUUCAGACGCCAUUGGUCGAUAACAGCGGGACGCUCAGCCGACGGAGUCCACAAAUGGCGGGCGAACCUCCGGAUGGCGAUGAAACUGAUCCGGAUGUUAUUCCCAAUCAAUACGAGCGAAGGCCUCCGAAAACGACUCUGCCUACGCCCCUGUUCCGGAGUCCUUCGGCACGGCUGAUAAACCGCAAUGGUGGUGGUGAACAUUUGCUCCAUCACGACGAGGAGCGCCAUUGUGAUGGAUCCAGCUUGGCGUCGCUGACCGGAUCGAACAAUGAAGUACAUUAUUCCUUUAAGCCUAGCAAACAAAUUAGUUAUGCUACGCUCGGGCGGGCCAAUAAUACCACCGGCAGCAGCUCGGUCCAGUCGACGUUGAGUCCGCUGAGCCACUUGCAUCAUCCGGUGCCAUCGUCGGCAUCGUCUGCCUCGGUCAUGAUGAGCACCAACCUUCCGCUGCCUUCGUCAAUCGUCGGCGGAAGUCUGCUUGGCAGUCCGGGAUCCCAGUCACAGCUCGUCACUUCCACCCUGAACGAGUACCGGUUUCGGCCGGAGGUGGUCACGACGUCUAACCGAAUACAGGAAAGUUGUAUAUAAUAGAUUCUAAGUGGUAGUUUAUUGUAAUACUCUCCCUUCAUUAUACAUUAUAUCGUAGCUAUUUGGCGCCAGAGUGUGAACCUUCAAAGUCCAGUCCUCAUUAGAAAUCGGUGUAUGGCAAAUGAUCCCCUUUUCCCCAUCUGGCAAUGUUCUAUCUCCUUGAAAACUGAUUCGAGAAAUCCGAUUUUAGAAUUCUCUAUACGAAUGAAUGGAUAUGUGCAAUUGAGUGAUCUAGAUUAUCUAGAAAUGUUUUUGUGAACUCUUUUUAACGGAAUAGACAAACUUAGUUUUGAACGUUUUUUUUUUCAAGAUAGAAAAUUUCAUAUUCCCGUUCGAUUUAAUGAUUUACCUUAAUUUUUUUUGUAAAUCUCUUCAAAUUGGUUUAUGUACAAUUGUGAGCUGAAAAAAUUUCAUAAUUUUAAGAGCUGGAACGUUAUCUGUGAAGAGUAGUAAAUUGUGUGAGUGUAGAUAUCAAGUUGAGAAAACCAAUUUUAACGCGGGACUUUGGCACAAAUGUAACAAGAAUGACAAAAAUAUAUAGCAAAACACAGAAGUGUCGGUCUAACCUCUGGAAAUAGUAAACUGAAAAUAGAAACUAGUGCAGUAUUAGAGAAUAAAGAUUGAUUUUUAAUCAUCCAGAACCUGGCUUGUAUCGUUCGUUUGUCUCGAAAAAUGCAAAUCAAUGAUCAAACUUCUCUAAAAUAAUUUUCAUAUCCAUUUUUUUUAAAGAUCCCAAACGUUAGCAGUUUAAAUUGUAAAAUAAUGCGUUACUAACUGGACAAUAACUGCACAAAAGCAACCAUUAACACACACAAAAGAACAACGGAAAGAUUGAUAAACAUAUAUCAAAAACCACAUUUAGGAAAAUUCCAGGUUAAGAGAAAAAUUUUAUCUGAAAACCAAGCGAGACAGUAUAUAACCUUACAAAUCAAUGAACGCGCCAUAUCGUUUUCAAAAUUUCACUCAUGAUUCACAGAAUCCGGAAUUCAAACGAACAUACAUAUGAGAAAGAGAAACCACCAAAAACUUGUGUAAGACAUUUUAGUUCGAUGUGAUUGGGACAGCACAAAAAUCGCUUCUUCCAGAUUCACUAAAUUUAUUUGACCAGUGUGGUGUUGAGCGAGACUUGUUAGAAAACGUAGAAAUCAGUGUGAUUGCGAAUCAACAAAAGCGUGUGAAUAAAUAUGUUUAGAGUAUAUACGAAAGAAAAUGUGAACAAAACAAUGGUAGGUUAUUUUGUAUAGGCGAAACAAUAAACCAAUAUUUAAGUGAGGUAAAACAAUCUUGAUAUGCUGCAUGAUUGUCUGAAAAUUUGUGCAAAUCAGUAUAGAAAAAAAAAUGAAACGGAUGUUAAAACAAUAAAUGAAUUUUUAAUAACGAAA